AUGGCCUCUGCCACUUCCGAGUUCGUCCGCUGCCUCGAGUCUUUCGGCGACGCGGUUGGGUUGAACAACCAGAUCAGGAAUUACGUGUACAAAACGGACAUCCGGGACUUGAAAUUCUUCUGCGCGGACCCCUACGUCCCGUUUGAGGGCGGAUUGCCGGACUACCUUCACCCUGAGUUCGAGUUCGCGUACCCCGUGAAAAACGCACAUAUUAUCAUCGAAGACGUCACGGACAAAAACGCGCCGAUUCUGCACUAUGACGCGAACUUUCUCCAAGACGAGCCGUCGAAGACGAUUCUCGGCGACGUCAAGCCCAGCGACGGGGCGCAGACGGAGUUUUUGCCCUUCUGCGCCGCGGUGGGGAACCCGCGGAGGAUACGAUUGUCGACCAAAGCGGACCCGUUGGAGGUUUCGGACAUGGGUCUUGACGAAGUCCAGGAGUACAAUCUGUCUUUUUCGGCUGACGAAGCCCACGUCUGCGCAAAGCCACCCAUUCCAACGCCACCCGAGGGGUUUGCGGCGACGGGGGAAAUGAACGGGCACGAGGAGUCGAAGGCGGAAGGAGUUGUAAACCCCGUCACCGGGGAGACAAAUGACAAGAAAGCGCUGGGGCUCCAGGGCGAGGCGUUUCAGAAAUACUUGGAGGAGCACGGGUUUUCGCACAGCACCACGAUAGACGAGAAGAGUGCGCAACUGGAAAUGCAGCUGGCGGACGAUAAAGCAGUGAUACGAGAAUUCGAAGACGAACCCGUAUCCUGGACGCAAUUUGAUGCCAGGCCGACCGUCAUGGCGUAGGGAAGUAGGCGGGACGUCUGGGAACUUCUUUGUUUCUGUAGGAUUGUAUAGAUUGAGACUUAGACUUAUCCAGAGACAACGACCUUGGUGGCGCUCAUGAAUAGAAUUUUGAAGAAUCUUCGCGUUCGCACAGAGUACUUUUGUGAGCUUGUAGUUUUGGUUAUACGACCCUCAUUGUUUCAAAAAACCCGGGACAGGUUGUUUCCAGAUCAAUAGCAGAACUUGUGAUGAUUGCUAGGCUAUUUGUAUUUUCGCCUUGUUGAUGCUGUUUCAGCAACGACUUAGAUCCUUCUCCGAUUGCGUCUUCUGGCAAACACAGAUGAGCAGGCUUUGCGCAAUUGAGAAGGUGAUUCGUUCUAGAAGUAGUAAGCUCAUCGUUGUGUCGUGCGUGCUUGGGUGUAUCAGACAUGUGAGAGAUCAUAUUAUUGAUCGAGAACAAGGAGAGUACCAAAACUGCUGCAAUCAGGCUCCACUGAGCGAUUCCGAUUCCGUCAAACGAGAGAAAAAA